AUGGCAGAAAAGCAGGUAGGUGUAGUCAAGGAGACUACAAGAAAUGACGAUGAGUUUCUCAAUGGUAGUGCGGUAUCAUUCACUCAUGAAUCGGAGAUUGAGACUGGAGAUGAGUUAUACAUUGACCCAAAGGAAGAAGCAGCUUUAGUUAGGAAGCUGGAUUUCAGAUUACUGCCCAUGUUAGCAUUCAUGUACUUCCUGUCUUCUCUGGAUAGAUCUAAUAUUGGGAACGCUUACACUUCGGGUAUGAAAGAAGAUUUGAAGUUGACCAGCAGGCAAUAUUCGAACGCAGUGUCAGUUUUCUAUUCAACCUACUUGGCAGCAGAAUUGCCGGCCGUGCUGGUGUUGAAAAGGGUGAAUGUGAGAUACUACAUGUCUUUUCUGGUUUUUUCGUGGUCGAUAAUAACACUGUGCAACGGGUUUGUGCAGAAUCAUAAAUCGUUAAUCGCGCUUCGAGUAUUGCUAGGUUGUUUUGAAGGCGGGUUCUUUCCAGCCAUGACUCUUAUUAUCAGUAUGGUCUACAAGCAACAGGAGCAAGCAAAGAGGAUCGCUUUCUUCUUUGGUUCUGCCUCACUAUCGGGAGCUUUCGGUGGGCUCAUUGCUGGUGGCCUAUCUUCCGUCAAGACCACUGGUGGUUUGGAAGGUUGGAGAUAUUUAUACAUCAUUGAAGGACUAGUUUCAGUAGUGGCUUCUGUCUGGUUAUUCUUCGGUUUACCAGGGCAUUUCGAAGUUAUCCCAUUUCUUAAUGAGCGUGAACGCCAUCUUAUGAACAUACGUGCUAAGCAAAGGGCCAAAUAUAUGGGUUUAAGUGAUAAAUUUGAAUGGUCCUAUGUAUGGGAUGCGCUGAAGGAUUUUAAGACUUACACUUCGUUCACAAUUCAGUUUUGCCAAGAUGUUGUCAUGUAUGGUUAUAGCACAUUCCUCACAGCAAUUCUCAAGUUGGGUCUUGGGUAUUCUGGUAGAAAAGCACAGUUCAUGAGCAUUCCUGUCUACUUGUUGGCUGCUGUUGUGUUUCUUUUCUCUGGGUUUCUCAGUGACAGGUUGAGAUUGAGAGCUCCCAUUUUCAUGGGAUACAACGUCAUCGGUGCCAUAGGUUACAUUCUACUGCUUUCUGUCGAGAGUGCUUCGGUCAAAUAUUUUGCUUGUUACCUGAUUACUUUCUCUCUUUAUACUGGUACUGGCUUAAACAUAUCAUGGUUGACAAACAAUGUUGCGCCACAUUACAAGCGGGCUACAGCACUUGGUUUAAACCAAACAUUAGGGAACGUCUCAGGUGCAGUUGCUGGUCAAAUCUACUUUAAGAGUCCCUACAAGUUUGGAAAUUCGUUUUCGUUGGGCUGUAUUGUCCUGUCAAAUAUCCUGGCAUUUGGCCAGAUACUAGUCUUACGCAGGAUCAACAAUAAGAAAGAAAGAAUCUUGAGGGGUGAACUUGCCGAUGAUGCAAAGGAUAGAAGAGGAGAUAGAGCAUUGGACUUUAAGUACUGUUAUUGA